AUCGGUUUCCAUGUGUAUGUGCUGGAUGGUGUGCGUCCUUUAUGAAAGUCACUGCACCAUGCCAUUGAUCAAGCUGUUGGUUGUUGCCAGUCAGUCACCAUCUUGAAUAGCCCUCCAAUCCAUCCAUCCUGCAAAUGACCACAGAUAAGCCAUGCGGACAUAGAUAAUCAUGAGCUCGAAUAAAGCGCCUGAGUGGACAAGCAUGAAACGGCUAAACCUCCACCUCAUUGCCUUCUUGCUCGGCUAUUUCAUGGAUGAUGGCCUCAGCGGCCAGGCAAUCUGCAACAGAACGGCCCCCCGUGAGUGGCGCGCUCGGCCUCAGAGCACCACUGUGAAAUGGACACUCAUGGAAAACACCUGCACCGGCUUGACCCAGUGCCACGGCGAGCAAAUUGAAGGGGAUGAGGGGGUGCACUCACAGACACCCAACGUCCCGCCGCCCGGCCUCACACAGCUCUGCCCCUUAGAUUUGCAGCUCGGAGACGUGCUGUAUAUGGUCGCUGAUGCCACGCUGGAGGAGCAUGGCCUCAACCUGGUGAACGUGUCGAAAGAGGGCUUUGACACCUGCUCUAUUGCACAGCCUCAUCCAGCCCACUACCUGUUUUUUGGCGACAUGAACGGGACAACAAAGGUUGAGCCAAAAUGGCUGACCUCGGGUGUGCACUACUUUGUAGCUUCCCAUGAAGGGAGCUCCCAGUUAUGUAAACUCGGCCUGCGACUCAGAGUGUCAGUGAAAGAGCAAAACUGCCAGCACUCACCUCUUGUGCGAUUAUGCUCGGGGAAUGGGCUUUGCAGGGCGGAUGUUUGGAGCCCCACAUACACAUGUGAAUGCCAUAAGUAUUACUUGGGAAGAUUUUGUGAGAAAUAUGACAUAUGCUCCGAAAACCCCUGCCUUAAUGGUGCCACAUGUCGGAGUCAGGGAUCCAGCGACCCAAACGUUCACACCUAUGAAUGCAAUUGCUUACCCGGGUUCACAGGGAUUAACUGCUCUGAAAUUAUCGGAAAUGAAAAUUGCAACAAACAAUGCCUAAACGGACAGUGUGUACAAGUGACAACAGCUUCCUUCAGAUGUGACUGUCAUUCAGGGUAUACAGGUUCUCUUUGUGACAUGAGGAAGACUCCGUGUUUGUCUAACCCAUGCAAAAAUGGUGGGAAGUGCGCAGAGACCGCUGAAGGAUAUGCCUGCUCCUGCCCAGAAGGCUUUGAUGGCCCCCACUGUGACACAGAGUUGAACAGCACAUGUGUCUCGUUCGGGUGUCAGCCUGAGCCACCAUGCUCUGACGAAGAACCAUCCUCCAUGUGUGUGUGCGAGGAGGGGGGCCCCGAACGCGGAGGCAGACAGUGCAGGAGGGUGCGACAGCCGUGCGUUUCCUCUCCCUGUCUCAACAACGGCAGCUGUGUGUCCCUGGGUGGCGAUUACACCUGCAGAUGCCUCAGAGGGUUUACCGGGAAGAACUGUGAGGAAAUAAUUGACUACUGCAGGCUGCACAGUAUUAACUGUCUGAAUGAGGGAUUGUGCCUCAACCUAAUUGGCGGGUAUAAUUGCCUCUGUGCGCCCGGGUGGACAGGAGAGUUUUGCCAGCAUGUGGAGAACGCCUGCCUGAUUUACCCCGAGGGCUGCAAGAACGGCGCCACAUGCAUAAGCAUAAGCCAGCCGACGGCCCCUCCACGCUACACCUGCAAGUGCCCUCCCGGCUACGCAGGACGCCACUGUGAAGCCGAGGUCGACGAGUGCGACUCCAACCCUUGCCGGCAAAAUGGCACCUGCACCGACUUGGUGGGGUCUUACCAGUGCACCUGUCCCCCAGGAUUUUUCGGAACGAAUUGCGAGAUGGAUGUAGAUGCCUGCGCUCUCCCAAAUGCCACGUGUCCCUCGAAGACGGUGUGUUUGGAUUUACCUGAUGGGUUCAGGUACACGUGUCGCACGCCGUGUCCCCAACACAUACAGCCCUGUGCCAAUGGAGGCCGUUGUAUUCUUAACAAUGCUACCAGCUACAGUUGUGUUUGUCCACCGGGGUGGACAGGCCACAACUGCCUCAUCGACAUCAACGACUGCAACCAGCACUGGUGUCAGAAUGGAGCCACAUGUGUCGACAAGGUCAAUGGCUACAGCUGUCGUUGUCCUCCUGGAUACACGGGCCCUUACUGCGGAGUGGACAUUGACUAUUGUGUUGGGCAUCAGUGUUCGGAGCAUGGCACCUGUCUGGACCAGGAGCAGAACUACACCUGCCGAUGCCAACCAGGGUAUGAGGGCGCGCACUGUGAGAUGCGGGUGAACCAGUGUAGAAGCUCACCCUGCAUCAAUGGAGCCACCUGCAUUGAAACGGCACACGGGUACCAGUGCCUGUGUGCUCCAGGUUUUGAAGGAAAGACCUGCUCAGAAAAUGUGAAUGACUGCUGGUCUAGGCCCUGCUUGAACGGAGGCUCUUGCAAGGACCUCACCAAUGGCUAUGUGUGUUUUUGUACUUUUGGGUUCCAGGGGAAAGACUGUUCUGUGGACAUUGACCUCUGCAGCCUAGAUUUGUGUCAGGAGCAUACAUUAAAAUGUAUUGAGACGGAGGAUGGAAACAAUGUCACUUGUAUCUGUGAGAAAGGCUUUGCCGGCCCGUUCUGUGAGGUGAAUCAAAACGAUUGCGGAUCGAUGCCGUGCCAAAACGGCGCUGUGUGUGUGGACGGCGUCGACACAUAUCGGUGUUUCUGCCCCGAGGGUUUUAAGGGUGACUCCUGUGAAAUUAACUAUAAUGAAUGUGACUAUGGAUUUUGCACCAACAAUUCCACCUGUGUUGACCUGCCUGGGGAUUAUACCUGCAUUUGCCCACAGGGAUUUACAGGUAAAAACUGCUCCGUCGCGAUUCCUAAUUGUGAGAGGGUGUGUCCAAGCAAUGCCACCUGCAGCGCCACUCAAGGCUUGGGAGGCAAGGGCUGCUUGGAGCCGGCGGGGGAGUGUGUGUCCAAUCCGUGCGGGGCCGCGGGGACCAGCGCCUGCGUGGAGCAGGUGAGAGGCUUCAAGUGCGUGUGUCGCCACGGCUACACGGGGAGGCUGUGCGAAACGCCCAUAAGCCACUGCGUCUACGGGUUGUGUCAACACGGAUCAAAGUGUGUGGAUCUCCGCGGAGGCUUUACAUGUGAAUGUCUCCCUGGUCUGACCGGGAGAUUCUGUGAAGUAAACAUCGAUGAUUGUGCCGACAAUCCAUGCGGUGUCCUCAGCUUCUGCAAGGAUGCUCUCAAUGGCUACAAUUGUUUUUGUGCACCCGGGUUUAUAGGCAAUAACUGUGAGAUUGAGGUGAACGAGUGCCUGAGCCAGCCCUGUCUGAACGGAGGCACCUGCUCGGACGAGCUCAACGGCUUCAGCUGCCGCUGUCCGUACGGAGUCACAGGUGACCUGUGUGAAAUCAGCGAUGAUGAGUGUCAGCCGUCACCAUGCCAACACAACGGGACCUGCAUUGACCUUGCGUUUGGCUAUAAGUGCCUCUGCCUCCCGGGCUUCACAGGCUCAGAGUGCGAGCUGGACAUUGACGAGUGUGCCUCGUCCCCAUGCAAGAACGGAGCCACUUGCAUUGACCAGCCUGGUAAUUACUCCUGCCAAUGUGUGGCUCCAUUUAAAGAAAUUAUCAGAGGCCUGAACUGCGAGUUCUUGCCUUGCGAGGCCAGCAACCCGUGCGAGAAUGGGGCCGAGUGCGUGGCGGCGCCUGGCGACCAGGAGCGCUUCCCCCUGGGCUUCCAAUGCCUGUGUGAGCCGGGCUUCGCUGGGCCACGCUGCGAGAUCAAUGUGGACGAGUGCGCCUCCAGCCCCUGUAUCCAUGGCUUCUGCUACGACGUGGUCGACGGAUUCUAUUGCCUCUGCAACCCAGGGUACGCUGGAGUUAGGUGUGAACAGGACAUCGACGAUUGCGCCAGCAACAUGUGUGCGAACAACUCAACAUGCGUGGACCUUCACAUGGGCUACCAGUGUGUCUGCCCCCCAGGUUGGGAGGGGGAGUUCUGCCAAGCGGAGGUGGACGAGUGUGCGUCACAGCCGUGCAAGAACAACGGCACCUGCACAGACCUCCUAAACGGCUACAGGUGCAUGUGUGCCCGAGGCUGGACCGGGUCAGACUGCAGCGAUGACAUAAAUGAGUGCGACUCGGCUCCCUGCCUGAACGGGGCGCGCUGCGUCCAGUCGGAGGUCCCCGGAGAGUUCUCCUGCACCUGCCCCCCGUUCUUCACCGGUCCGCUCUGCAGGGUGCCCUUUGACCCCUGCGACCUCCAGCACGACCCCUGCCGGCACAACUCCACCUGCCGCCCUCGACCGGACGGCGCGGCCUCCUGCGACUGCCUGGCUGGAUUUGAGGGAACCCACUGUGAAAUUGACACCAACGAGUGUGGCUCAAGUCCGUGCCAAAACCAGGGUUAUUGUGUGGACGGGAUCAACGGUUACACUUGUGACUGCAAACCAGGGUUUUCCGGCAGGCUCUGUGAAGAAGACAUCAAUGAGUGUGCCUCUAGUCCUUGCCAAAAUGGAGGCAUUUGCCAAGAGCUCGUGAACAGCUUCCGCUGUAACUGUCCGCCGGGCUACUUUGGGGCCCUCUGCAGCCUUGACGUGAACGAAUGUGAGGCCUCUCCCUGUCUGCACGAUGGUGUCUGUAUCAACAGGCCCGGGGGCUUCACAUGCAUCUGUCUUCCCGGCUUCUCAGGAACAUGGUGUGAGUUAAACGUUAACGAAUGCGACUCAGACCCAUGCCAAAACAAUGGACGCUGUGUGGAUGGCCCCAGUGGCUAUCAAUGUUUCUGUCCAAAGGGAUUCAGUGGCUCAGACUGUGAAACCAACAUUGAUGAAUGUUCGUCAAGCCCUUGUCUUCAUGGCAGCUGUGUUGAUGGUGCCGGGGCCUUUUACUGUCAGUGUGAGCUGGGAUGGAUGGGCUACACAUGUGAAACUAACAUUGACGAAUGUAUGUCCAGGCCUUGUUUGCAUGGAGGAUCUUGUGUGGACCUCACUGAUAAAUAUGCCUGCUUUUGCCUGGAUGGAUAUGCUGGAAAGAACUGUGAAGUGGACAUCAACAUAUGUCUACAAAACAUGUCUUUAUGUUUCAAUGGAGGGACAUGUUUGGAUGGGCCUGGUGUUAAUUUCACCUGCAGCUGCCCACCAGGCUUCGUUGGCGAUUUCUGUGAGGUGGAUUUCAAUGAAUGCUGCUCAGAACCCUGUCAGAAUGGGGCCGUCUGCCAGGACCUAACCAAUGGAUACUACUGUCACUGCAGACCAGGUUGGACAGGCCCUCACUGCGAGGAUGACAUUAAUGAGUGCCUGCCGCAGCCAUGCAACCAAGGGAUGUGCAUCCAGAACGAUCCAGGCCACGGCUACACCUGUUUCUGUCGUCCCGGAUUUGUGGGGAGUCACUGUGAACACAAUUACGAUGAUUGUUUGCUACGCCCGUGUCCCUCCGGCUACGCCUGCGUGGACGGCAUCAACCAAGCCAGCUGCGUGCCUGCCGAUCCCGGCGUCUCCUCCGUGCCAGCGUUGGCGGUGACGGCGAUGCCCCCCUCCUGGGGCCCCAGCUCCGGCGACACCGCCACCUUCUCCCCACUGCCACUGGCCACCGUCCUGCCAGUUCCUGUGCUGCAGAACACAGAGCCAGCAGACAUCAGCUACGUGAGAUACUCUGGCGACUCUUACCUGGAGUUCCAAGGAGUUGAUCUGGGAACCAUGAGCACCAUCACCCUGAGGUUUCAGACCCUGGCAGUCAAUGGCACCCUGCUAUACUCAGACCAAGGGCAUGACGCCAGUGCCUUCUUCUUCAUUAAGCUCUUCAUUCAUGAAGGCAGGCUUCAGUAUGAUUUCUCAUGCAACCGCGAGGAGGGUGUUCGGCGGAUCAAUACCAGCAUACAUGUAGCUGAUGGGGCAGAGUAUCUGGUUCAUGUCAGACAGUAUCUUGCUCUUUGUGAGGCGGAGGUUGCAGUGUCUGGCUACGAGAGAGUCCGAAGUAUCCCUAGCAACUACUGGUCAGGCCUGACGAUUCAGAGGACAAGCCGUCUGUUUUUAGGUGGUCUGCCACACAGCUACUCCCCGUAUAAGGGCGCACAGCCUUUCUACAACUAUUCUGGCUGUCUGGAGGUGAUAGAAAUGAACAAGCUCAGAGGGUUUUACGUAUCCAAUGCCAUAUCUGGAAGCAAUGUCAAAAACUGCAGACCUGGAUGGAAAAACGGCACUCUGGCCACCUCUACGGCGUCUCCUAUGGAACUAACCACGACGGUGCUAAGUAGUGCCCCCAACCACACUGCCUCGUCUCCACCUCCACCUCAACCACCAGUCUACCCGUCGGUGGCCUGCUAUGAGGGAAUGUGCCGUAACGGUGGGACAUGCCAACAGAUCCAGCAACCCACUGGGGCCUCGUCCUUCCGCUGUGAUUGCCCUCUUCACUUCUCUGGAAGAUUCUGUGAAAAAGACACGACGGUGUAUUUCCCAUUUUUCAAUGGCACCUCUUACCUGGAGCUCCAAUCGCUCACAUCUCUGCUGCAGUCGGACGUCCUGGGAGCGUCCUCUUCCUCGGCCACCAGCAGAGAGAGCACUGUUACUCUCUACCUGACUGUGAAAACGCGGGCAAGCAACGCCAUAAUCCUUUAUGCUCGGGAGCAGAAUUUCGGAGACCGGUUCCUCCACGUGUUCCUGCAGGACGGGAGGCCCGGUGUCAGAUUGGGCUGCGGUGGCGUUCGUCCUCUGAGUGCCUUCGCCGCACGCAACAUCAGCAAUGACAAACUGACAGCCAUCACAGUGCGAUAUCGGCUGCCUGUCACGGGAGGUGUGGGCUUGUGUAUGAUUGAAGUAGCCGUAGAUAAUGGGACGGCGAUCCAGCAGAGAGAGUACCUCUCCCACCCAGUGUCAGAGGUGGCCUUGGGGCCGACAUUUCUGGGCGGCGUGCCAUCCCUCUCCGAGCUGCACGUGGAGGCCGGCCGGCUCCCCGGCUUUGUGGGCUGCAUCCGCGAGCUGCAGGUCAAUGCCAGGGAGCUGGACGUGGCUGGAGAGGCCGUGCGCGGCCGCAACAUCCUCAACUGUCACGCCUCCGUCUGCCAACACCAGCCCUGCCGCAACGGCGGCACAUGUGUCAGCGACGUGGAGGACUGGGCCUGCGUGUCGCCGCUCUUCUCGGGCAAGCUGUGCCAGUUCACGGCCUGCACCCAGAGCCCGUGUGCCCACGGCGGCACCUGCGUCCCCCAGUCGCGGACCGAGGCUGUGUGCGUGUGCCCGUACGGCCGGCGCGGGCUACUGUGCGAGGACGCCAUCAACAUCACCCGUCCCCGAUUCAGUGGGAUAGACGAGUUUGGAUACACCUCCUUCAUGGCCUACUCCCCUAUCCCCAGCAGUAACUUCUUCUACGAGUUCCAGCUCAAGCUCACCUUUGCCAACAACAUUUCGUCUAUGAAGAACAACCUCAUCCUCUACUCCGGUCAGAAAGGACAAGGUAUAAAUGGAGAUGACUUUGUGGUGCUGGGCAUGCGGAGUGGCCGUGUCGUCCACAAGUUCAACCUGGGCUCAGGUGUGGGGACAGUACUCAGUGACCGGCUCAACCCCCGAAUCACCAUCCACACCGUGCGUUUUGGUAGAUACCUCCGGACUGGCUGGCUCAAGGUUGACGGCCAAAAAAACAAGACAACAUCCUCUCCAGGGCAACUGGCUGGCUUGAACACCUUCAGUCAAUUUUAUGUUGGAGGAUACAAUGAGUACACUCCAGAACUGCUGCCAGUGGGGGCCAGGUUCCAGAAUGGCUUCCAAGGUUGCAUAUUUGAUUUGCAAUUCCGGACCAGAGGAGACGGGCGGUUUCGAGCUCCAGGCCAGCCGGAGGGCCACCCGGUCAGCGGCCGCAGCGUGGGCCAGUGUGGAGUCAACCCCUGCUCCCUGGUGCGCUGCCAGAACGGAGGAGUGUGUGUGGACGCCGGCUCCACUGUCUACUGCCAGUGUGUGUUUGGGUGGAAAGGAGCGCUGUGUUCUGAGAAGGUGUCCGUGUGCGAUGCGGAACACAGCCCCCCGCCCAUGUGUGCAAAGGGUUCCACCUGCGUCCCGCUCCCCAAAGGCUACACCUGUCUGUGUCCACUAGGCACGGCCGGACAGUACUGCCAGCAAGCCUUGGCUAUCAGUGACCCUUACUUCAGUGGAAACCUAUCCUCCUGGAUGUCAUUACCCCCUGUCAGUGUAAGACACAAAACUCAUCUGCAGAUGCAGUUCCAGACUCUGUCACCGGAGGGCAUUAUAUUCUACAUGGCACAACACCUUACAGCUAGAGCAGGGGAUUUUAUUAGCGUGUCUCUGACCGCUGGAUUUGUUCAGCUGCGCUACAACCUCGGAGACGGCACCAUCGUGCUGCAGUCCACAAACAAGGUAGACCCCACUGGCCGGGUCUGGCACAACCUGCAGACAGGGAGGCAAGGCGCUCACAGCUACCUCAUCCUGGAUGGAGAUGUGGUCACCCAGAACGCUACCGAGGUCAUGACAACCCUUGAUGUAGCGACAGACAUCUUCAUCGGAGGGGUGUCCUCCCUGAGCGCAGUCGCAACCAGUGCGGUGGAAAACGAGCCUACAACCUUCACUGGCUGCAUCCGAGAGGUCAUCGUCAAUGGUGUUGACCUUGAACUCACUGAAAAGGGGGCGACUAAUGGUGCUAACGUUGGCGACUGGGAUGGCACGGCCUGUGGGUAUAAAGUGUGCCAAAACGGUGGGCUCUGCCGUGCCGUUGGCCUGACCUCAUUCACCUGUUCUUGCCCACCUAUCUGGACAGGACACAGGUGUGAGGAGUCCGUUUACUGCAUGGGCAACCUCUGUCGGCAUGGUUCCCUCUGCAUCGCCAACGUGACGGCCUCCUCCCACUCCUGCAUGUGUUCGCUCGGAUGGAAUGGGCCGUACUGCGACGAGCCAGUGUCCAUGAACGCCGUCAAGUUUGUUGGUGAUUCAUAUUUGAAAUACAAAGACCCCCAGUACUAUCAAAGAAAUCUGAGAUACACCCAAAUUUCCCUGAAUUUCACUACAAGCAGGGAAGACGGGCUGAUCGUUUGGAUGGGCAGGGCGCAGACCGAGGAUGACGACUACCUGGCAGUCGGAUUACGAGAUGGCCACCUCCAGAUUGCCAUAAACCUCGGAGAGAGGAUCCCUGUUCCUCUUGUGUACCCAAAUAUCACAUUGUGCUGUGACAAAUGGAAUUUUAUAACUGUAGUUCACAACAGAACUGUAAUCCAGGUGUUCUUGGAUGAAGAGAGAGUCAUUUUCGAGGAUGUUGAUCCCUUUGAGCGAUACGUUGCCAUAAAUUAUGAUGGUGUUUAUUAUUUUGGAGGCUUUGAGUUAAAUAGAAAUGUAUCUGCCAUAACAUCUGGUCUCUUUUCUACAGGUUUUGAGGGUAGCAUUAAAGAUGUUAUUUUAUUCCAAGACACCAGAAAGCUGCAGUUUCUCCAAAGCUAUGAGGGCUUUAAUGUUUACAAAGGUGACAAGUAGCGAAUAUUUUUAACGAACGUGACUUAGAUUUUUGGUUUGACAUGAAUGUGUUUUCCUGAGGGUUAAAGCUUUCAGGAUGUUUGGUGUUUGUUUCUCAUGUUCUGACUGACAUCUUACAGACUCAUUCAGACUUAAAGCAGCUAUAAUGGGGGUUGAGAAGAGGCCUGUCUUAGAUUCAGACUGUUUAAACUUAUGUUGCCUAUGACCUGUGAACAUCUAUAAGUGUGUAGAGAUUUUCAUAACAUAAGAGGAAUUUUAGUCAUGAGGUGCUACAAAGUUUAUAACUUCGCCAUAUCUCCUUCUCCCCAAAUAUUUGUCUUUUAUUUUGGUGCUGUCACUUCUUGUUAAUUUCCACAUACCUGUUCAGCUCUCUUUGUUUUAUUCCUGUUUGUCAAAAGUGUAUCUCCAUAGGUUCCAGAGGAACAUCAUACAGGGGAACAGUAUUAAAGUCAAAAUAGAUAGUAAUGACAGCGUCUCGGUCAUGAC